AUGUGCGGAAGAUAUGUUUUAACUUCGAGGCCAGAAUCUUUGGAGCAAGCUCUCGAGAGAUCAAAUAUAAAAUGUACAAAAUUCAUUGAUAAAGAAAAGUACCAAUCCUCAUAUAAUGUUGCACCUUGUCAUUUUCAACCGGUUGUUCGGGUUGAAUAUGAUUCGCGUGAGACAAUACUUCAUACUAUGAAAUGGGGAUUAAUUCCUUCAUGGACAAAGGGAAAACCCGAGUUUUCCAAAUUGAUCAUCAAUUGCCGUGAUGAUUCAUUAAAGGAUGGAAAGAGCAUGUUUAAUUCUAUGAAGAAUAGAAAACGUUGUGUGGUGGUUGCUGAUGGAUUUUAUGAAUGGCUAAAAAAAGACAAAAAAAGGAUUCCUUAUUUUAUCAAAAGGAAAGAUGGAAAUUUGUUUUUAUUUGCCGGAUUAUAUGAUUGUGUAAAGUUUGAAGAUGAAGAGAAUCCACUCUAUACUUAUACUAUCAUUACUACAAUGUCGUCAGCUCCGAUCGAAUUUUUACAUGAUAGAAUGCCAGUAAUUUUAGAAAAUGGAUCAGAAGAACUGGCUACAUGGUUAGAUCCACGAACGCCUUGGAGUCCUGAAUUAGUCAGGCUUUUAAAACCAUUCGCAGGCGAACUGGAGAUCUACCCUGUCUCUGAUGAUGUUGGACAUGUUAAAAAUAAUUCUCCUGAUUUGAUUAUUCCCCUCGAUUCGAAAAAAUCAGUUAUCGAUUUCUUCCAAAAGAAACAAGAGAUUAGGGAUGACGUAGAUGCGACAACAAAAAUGGAACAGAAUGAAGAUGGUGAUCAGAUUAAAAAGGAUGAUGAUAAAGUUGUUCCAGCAAAACGUUCUCUUGAUACAUCCGAUGAUGAAACAACUUCUGAUACGAAGUCUAACAAAGUUCAAAAGGAUGAAUUUGAUAUUCCAUCAUCACCUGAUCCUAAAAAAGAAUCUUUACCAUCAACACCUCCAAGUAUACCUAAAAAAUCAUUAAGAUCUACACCAUCAAAAUCUAAUAAGACGCCUAAACGAUCAUUACAAUCUACGCCAUCAAAGAGACAACCACCUAGGAAAAAGAAAGUAGAUAAUGUUAAAGAAUCUGAAAAGAUUACAAAUUAUUUUUCUACCAAAUCCUGA